AUGAGCCCACUCACGCUUGUGAGCCUCGUCCUCGUCCUCCUGGCCCUCCUCUUUUGGCUGCGCAAACGUGCGGGCAAGCGCUCGCCAAAGAGCGCGCAGCAUCAGCCCCUCGACCUCGAGGGCGGAGAGCGGGCCUUCAGCGAGGAGGCGUUCGAUGACUUUGAGUUCGAGCCGUUUGACGAUACGACGCGGCCGGCGACGCGGCGCGGCGGCGGCAGAGAGGAGGCGCAGGCGGUGGCGCAGGCGGCGGCGCAGGAUGACCCACCGCCGAUCGAGGAGGAUCCCGACCCGUUCGCGGCCUUUGGCAUCGGCGCGACCGUCGAGAAGCAGCGGGUGCACCUCAUCGACGACUCGCCCUGGCAGGCCGCCGCGCCGACGAGCGCGAGUCUCUCCCUCGCUGCCGAGCCGAUUGGCGAGGUGUCCGGCGGGUGGGGCGACGCGGACAGCGAGUUUGAGCCGGGCAAGCGGCGCAUAACGGCGGAGGAGCGGCGGCGGGCGAGGAUGGCGAGAGAGGGGUCGGGAGAGGGGGCGCCCGCGGGAGAGAAGAGGGGCCGGCUAAAGGAAAGGACCCUCACCAACAUGCUCCUCCUCGCGGCUUCCAGCGUGGCUCUUCCGACGGGCGCGGAGCCCCAGCGUCACAGCAUCGAGUUCGGCCUCGACAGCUUCAAAGCGCUCGCUCACACGUGGCUCGACCUGAUGCAGAGCGGAACCUCGAGCACGGUGUCAGCCGGGAGCAGCAGCGCCGCAGCCGAGCCACCACGCGCAAACGGCAACCAAAGACAACCUCUCGGGCUUGUCGUGAGCGGCGGCGGGUUCAGGACUAUGACCGCCGGGAUGGCCUUUGCACGCGCAAUGUCCCAGUCCUUUGACGAGGUGGAGGGCAGCUCCUGGGCAGACGUCACGCAUCUCGGCGGCAACUCCGGCGGGCAGUGGUUCGCGAGCCAGUUUGCGCUCUCGAGGCCAUUCUUCGACGCCGUCACGCGCAAGGGCGCAGAUGGCGAGUAUCGGAGCCUCGAGGACUUCUUUGCGGAGUGGGGCCGUCAGUAUGCCAAGGGUCUCUACUUUUCGCCUCCGCCCGAGGUGCACGUGUACAACAACUGCGCAGGCGAGGAAGGUGUCGGCGGGCUCAUUUCAGACGCCCUCACUGAGGCUUUCAAGUCUCUCGGCUGGGCGCUCGAGACUGCCAACUUCCCGACCGACGACUGGGCCGUGUACGUCGAGGACAUGAUGCGCAACUCGAUCCCCGGCUUCGAGCAGCUCCGAUACAACGAAACGCGCUCCGCACUGCCCGACGCCGCGCUCAUUCAGCAGCUCGCGCUCCCGCCCGACGCGUGGGUGGGGCACUCGAGGCAGACAUCGCAGCGCGUGGCGCUGCGGCAGCCCGAGGACGGGAGGCCCGUCGGGGCGACCGUUCCCCUGGCGCACGUGGCCAAGGCAGCCUCCUCGCAGCGUGGCACUGACGGCUGGCUCGCGCCGGCGCUGGGCGGCAGCCCACUCCUCUCCAAGGCGCCCUACUCGUGCAGCUGUGAGUGGACGUACUGGAACGCGUGCCCCGGCCAGCCCAAGGGCGCCUCGUGGCUGAGCCCGGUCGCGUCGGACGACGGCUCGGCGUGCUUCGCGCACUGCUGCGGGCGAGGGCGCGACGCGUCCGCCGCGAGCGACGCCCCGGCGCGCACCAUCGAGGUGAGCGCGCGCUUCGCCUCACCGGCGGGCACGAAGGUGCGCGAUGUGACGGCCGCCUCCUCGGCAGCGGUCGGCGCUGCGGCCUCGCCCACCCUCGUCAAGCUCGCGUUGAAGCGCGCGCUGCACGGCGCGACAGAGACGCUCGAGAUGUUGGCCAACGGCGGCAGUGGCGAGGCGCAGGCUGCUCUCGGCCUCAAGGCGUGGUUGAGCGGGGAGGCGGACGCCGCCCAGUUCGACUCGCAAGUGGACGAGUUUGUCGAGUCGUGCUUUCCGUUCGGCCUGCAGGAGCUCGGCGUCGGCAUCCCGCUCGAGCCGGCGGAGGAGCUGCCGGAGGACGAGACGCGCGCGUGGUCCCCCACCUACCGCGCCAUCGACGGCGUGUACGUCGACAACACGGCGCUCGCGAUGACCAUCGCCACGAUGAUUGCCGACUGCGAGGCUGGCGACGAGAGCCUCGCUUGCACCAACAAGGAGCUGGACGUCAUCGUCGUCAACGACGGCGACUCGUCCAACCCCGGCUCCAACGGGCUCGGCGACUUCUUCUCCGAGGAGAAGGGCGGCGCCGCCCAUCCAGUUGGCAAGUACAAGACCGCCGAGGACUUUCCCUACACCACGGUGCCGUCGGCGCACAUCUUCGCCGAGGCUUACCCUAGCAACUGGGUCACCUACCACCAAACCGACAUCGUCGACACGAUUGCAGCCGUCGGCGACACCUCUGCCGUCGCCGUGAUGGCUGCCGGCGCCGCCCCCGCCGCGGGCAUCACCAUGGGCGUCGGCACCACUGUGGGCGCCGCCGCCUCCGUGGCUUCCGCCCUCGCCUCCUCCGCCGCCGCCUCUGCCGCGUCCGCAAUGGAGGGGACGAAGGCAGCCGGCGGCCGGCGUCGGCGCCUGGCCAGCAGCGAGGUGGGCGCAUCCCGCUCCAACUUCACCAACUCCACCCUCACCACGAUCAACAACCCGCAGUGGGGCGUCAAGGAGGGCUACACCGUGCGGCUGCUCGCCUUUUGCAUCAACUACCCAAACAACCCGAUGCAGAUGCUGCAGAAUGGCGGCGUCGGCAUCGAUGACGACCCGAUGGUUCUGCCCGCCCUCACGGCCGCCACCUUCUUCAGCCAUUUGUACGCGCCGAUUGCCGAGAAGGAGAGUGAGCUCGCUGCAAAACACCUCAAGGCGUGGCUGGAGGCGCGGGCGCAGCGCAAGUCGUGAGCCUCACGUGAUGUUCAACGCAUGAUCUAGCGGCUAAGACUUAGAAACGCUAAGGGAUAAGGGAGUGCAGCGCCCCGCGUGGCUAGACACCGGCGAGUGCGAAAGCAACCAACGAUGAUGUUUAAUGCAUAUAAGGUUUUUGUAGUAACAACAGCUCUGUACGAGAGCAGAGCCCCUGAGCAAA